AUGGACCCCAGCGACCCUGAGAGGUCGGAUGCAUUGGACAGCUUCAGAACAAAGUUGCUGGAGUCGCGAGAGUGGGAGGCAAAGUUGAAGGCACUUCGGUUAGAGAUCAAGGGACUCCAACAUGACUUUGAUGUAUCAGAGGACAACAUCAAGGCGUUACAAAGCGUGGGACAGAUCAUCGGUGAGGUGUUGAAGCAGCUAGAUGAAGAGAGAUUCAUCGUCAAGGCCUCCUCCGGCCCUCGAUAUGUCGUCGGCUGCCGCAGCAAAGUCGACAAGGCGAAGAUGAAGCAAGGCACUCGCGUCGCCCUCGACAUGACCACACUCACCAUCAUGCGCAUGCUACCCCGCGAAGUCGAUCCACUUGUGUACAACAUGUCACUCGAAGACCCAGGGCAGGUGUCGUUUGCAGGUAUCGGAGGCUUGAACGAGCAGAUCCGAGAGCUAAGAGAAGUCAUUGAAUUACCGUUGAAGAAUCCGGAGCUGUUCAUGCGAGUGGGUAUCAAGCCGCCAAAGGGUGUGCUGUUGUAUGGGCCUCCUGGUACGGGUAAGACACUGUUGGCAAGAGCUGUGGCGAGUAGUCUGGAAACGAAUUUCUUGAAGGUCGUAUCCUCGGCAAUCGUAGACAAAUACAUCGGCGAAUCCGCUCGCCUGAUCCGCGAAAUGUUCGGCUACGCCAAAGAACACGAACCCUGCAUCAUCUUCAUGGACGAAAUCGAUGCCAUCGGUGGCCGUCGCUUCAGCGAAGGAACGAGUGCUGAUCGUGAGAUCCAACGUACACUUAUGGAACUUCUGAACCAGUUGGACGGCUUCGACUACCUGGGGAAGACGAAGAUCAUUAUGGCUACAAAUCGACCCGACACUCUUGACCCGGCAUUGUUGAGAGCAGGGAGACUGGACCGCAAGAUCGAGAUUCCGCUGCCGAACGAGGCUGGGCGAUUGGAGGUGUUGAAGAUCCACGGAGAGGGUGUGCAGAAGGAGGGGGAGAUCGAUUACGAAAGUGUGGUCAAGAUGAGUGAUGGACUGAACGGUGCUGAUCUGAGGAACGUCAUUACUGAAGCUGGCCUCUUCGCCAUCAAGGACUAUCGCGAUGCGGUCAAUCAGGACGAUUUCAACAAAGCUGUGAGGAAAGUGGCUGAAUCAAAGAAAUUAGAAGGGAAGAUUGAGUACACUAAGCUUUAG